GCCCUACCAAAUUUGGCCUUGAAACAGGUUUUACCCAUCAAAGCAUGCGGGUCGGGUCAUAACUUGGGCAAGAAGCCAGGACUGCGGGUUUUCUAUUCCUUGUCCCAGGUGUCUCGUAUAUUUCCAGUGCCUCUCUAUCGAUCUUGUUAGGAAUUUCGAGCAUUGCUUUCAAAAUCGCUUGAAUUCCAAGAAAUACUGAUAUUCUGAUGGAAAAUCCGAGUAUGGAUGUGACUGGUCCUCACUCCAUGGGAACAACGAUCAUCGGCGUCACUUACGACGGAGGCGUCGUCCUCGGCGCCGACUCUCGUACCAGCACCGGAAUGUAUGUGGCUAAUCGUGCAUCGGAUAAAAUUACGCAGCUGACUGAUAAUGUCUACGUUUGCCGCUCGGGAUCGGCUGCUGAUUCUCAAAUUGUAUCUGAUUAUGUACGGUACUUUCUUCAUCAGCACACGAUACAGCUGGGGCAGCCUGCAACUGUCAAAGUUGUUGCAAAUCUUGUCAGGCUAAUGUCAUAUAAUAACAAGAACAUGCUACAAACUGGUUUAAUUGUUGGUGGGUGGGACAAAUAUGAAGGCGGAAAGAUAUAUGGGAUUCCUCUUGGGGGAACAGUAAUAGAGCAGCCUUUUGCCAUUGGAGGAUCUGGCUCUAGUUACUUGUACGGAUUCUUUGAUCAAUCAUGGAAAGAAGGAAUGACUGAGGAGGAGGCUGAGCAAUUGGUGGUCAAGGCCGUUUCCCUUGCCAUUGCUCGAGACGGCGCCAGUGGGGGUGUCGUUCGCACUGUCACUAUAAAUUCAGAGGGCGUGACGAGGAAAUUCUAUCCAGGCGAUAAGCUGCCAUUGUGGCACGAGGAGUUGGAGCCUCAGGACUCGUUGCUAGACAUACUGACUGGGUCUCGUCCUGAGCCAAUGAGCACUCAAUGAAGAUUGCCAUGGUUGUUGAGCACUGUAUUAUUGCUCAUCGGGCAGUUGUUAUCAAAUUGGAUGCUUUUCUGGGUUUGAGAAAACCAAUGUUGACUUGUUUACUUUUGCAUACUCUUUUUAUCAUCCUAGCUUGACUUAAACAUCGGUAAGGACUCCGCUCAAUCUAUGGAGGGAAAAAAAAUUCUGCUUGUUCUACAAAUAGAGUGUCACUAGAUUUGGUUAGCCAGGGUGUUUGAUAAGAGAUUUAACUUUAAUGGUUCAAUCAAGGGUGAACAGAAUUGGACGGACGGAUUGGCUGGUUGUUUUAAGUUUAGCUUUACUCAAGGGGGGUUUCUGUCUUAAUAUCAUCAAAUCACAAGUUUAGUUCUUGAA